AUGAAUGCACCAGAUAGAUUUGAAUUGUUUAUAUUACCUGAUGGUGUAGAUAAGUAUGUUUAUUACACUAGAUUAUAUUAUAUUUGGUACUAACAUGUUAUCAGAAUAAAAAUAACCCCCGACUCAAAAGUUCCAAAUGCUGCAAUUGUUAAAAUUGAAAGAGAAGAUCAUACAUUGGCAAAUUUAUUAAGAGCUCAAUUAUUAAAAGAUGAGAGAGUUUUAUUUGCUGCUUAUAAAGUUGAACAUCCAUUAUUUGCUAAUUUUGUAUUAAGAAUUCAGACUGAUGAUGGUUAUUCUCCAAAAGAGGCUUUACAAAAUGCUUGUUCUGGUUUAUUAAAUGAAUUAAAUUUUAUAAAACAUAAAUUUACUGAAGAAUGGUCUUUAAAAGCCUUAUUAGCUAAUGAUGGUGAUGAUUAUUAA